GGGGGAGCGGCGCCGUAAUGUUGACUCUCGCUGAAUGCUGGCUGCCGGAGGGAGGGCACCGCUCCAGCUGAGUCGAGCUCUGCCGAUUGUGUGUGUGUGUGUGUGUGUCGGCGUGCUGCCGACGCUGCGUCACUGGAUGAUCGUGCACGGCGCAACAACAGACUCCUCCGCGGAGGCUUUGUCGUGGCAGCGCGGGUGAGAGCGACCGCUGACUAGGGAAUCCGGGUUGGGGAGUCUAGUGUUGUAUUCUUGUCCCUUCGGCGUGGCGCUUAUUCCUGUCACAGCUGGGAGGACGGGCGAUCGGGUGCUUUGUUUUGGUGCUUGGGUUUGGAGUAGAUUCACCGACGUUCACGUCGACUGAGCAGCUGCUGUGUACAAAGGCGCGGAGUGCAUGGAGGGCGGCGGUGGCGGCGGCGGCGGGCAGCCGCUGGAGGAGACGGUGCUGCGGCUGGCGGCGGAGGUGGCGGCGCUGCGCGCGCAGCUGGAGGGCGCCGUGGGCGGAGGGGGCGGAGGAGGGGGCCGCGUGGCGCAGCUGGAGGCGCGCGUCGGCGCCCUGGAGGCGGCCGUGCAGCGCGCGCUGCAGCACUUCCUGCCGCGCGUCGACGCGCUGCUCGCCCGACAGGAAGAAGAAGAAGAAGAAGAGGAGGAAGGAAGCACCGCGAGGAAGGCCAACGCCGCCAUGCUCUCGGCGGCCACGCGCGCAGGAGCCGCGGCGGGGGACGAGGAGGGCGGGGACGGGGAGCUGAGCCUGGCGGAGCGCUUCCCGACGGCCGCCGCGCUGCACGAGGCGGCGCAGCGCGGGGACCCCCAGGCGCAGUGGCUGCGCGGGCUGCUGGGCGCGCAGCUCCACGACUCGCGCCUCUACGCAGCGCUCGUCGCCACGCAGGUACACGCACGCGCGGCGCCACGCGCUUAGGAAGCGGCAUGUUGGAAGAGACGGAGAGAGGAGAGAUGGAGGCAGACAAGGAAAAAGGGAAACGGGGUGAGAGGAAGUGAGAAAUAGGAAAAUAGAGAAGGGAAGGGAAAUAGAGAGAGAAUGAGAGAAAGAAAGGGGAAAAGGGGGCAGGAUGAGGCACAGAUGGAGAGUG